AACGCUCACCUAGUCAUGGGGGUUGCGACCGAAAUCGAUUCUCCCAAACGCCUGGUUAGGAAGGUCGAGCAUUCGAGCGUUCCUCCUCCGAGGCAGCUGUGUUGCGAAGAAAGGCGAUCCCGCUCUGACCGAACUAUGGAGGCCGAAUUUGACUCGCGGUCCCCAAGCCCUAGUUUCCCAACGGGAGUCCAGGACGUUCCCAUCCUAGUAUCGCGAUAUGAUCAUGAGGCCACCGCGGCUGACGACGAUGACGAUAUCGAUGGCACGGACCUCGGUGUUUCAACCGGAACGGCUGUCGACUGUCGCAGAAAAGAUGGCCGUCGCAGAGCAGACGAUCGCAGCAGAGCCGACGAUCGCAGCAGAGCAGACGAUCGCAGCAGAGCCGACGAUCGCAGCAGAGCCGACGAUCGCAGCAGAGCCGACGAUCGCAGAGUGAUCAACGGCGUGCGACCGCACUGGUCGGACUCCGAGGUGAUGCAGCUCGUUCGGACGUUCGUGGAGCUCGAGCGCGAAUACGACGUCAGACGCUCGAUCCACGGGGUCGUCCACGGCACCAACUACUAUAAAGACCUCCACUUCCUGCUCUUACAGAAGCACCCCGAUUUCCGCCACUCGCAGGCUGCGGUGAAGUCGAAGCACCAGCGCAUGAAGGAUAAGUUCUACCGGCUGCAGGACCGGCUGGAACGGUCGGCCGUCAGUCGGGCCGGUAGACGGCCGGACCCGUUGCCGGAGUGGUAUGUGCUGAUGGGUCCGGUGAUGGAAAGGGACGUGCGCAACUGGCGGCCAGAGGCUCGCCAAGUGCUGGCGUCGAGCUUGAGAGGUCAUUUGGCAGCAGCAGCAGCAGGAUCAGGAGGAGGAGAAGCAGCAGCAGCAGCAGGAGAGGAUGAGCUGGCACUAGGCACCACAAGCGACAAUGACUUGCUUCUAUUGAACGACACUCCAGCCUAUGCAUUCCCAGCUCUGCCAAGCCUGCCCACUGCAGCAGACCCCAGCACGCUGCAGUAUGUGGCUCCAACAUCCUCCACCGCUCGAAUGUCAUCAGCAGUGUAUGCACCAUCUACACCUGCUGCACCGAUCACAGCUGCUGCACCGAUCACAGCUGCUGCACCGAUCACAGCUGCUGCACCGAUCACAGCUGCUGCACCGAUCACAGCUGCUGCACCGACCACAGCUGCUGCGCGAUCCCAAACGGCUGCAGCACCAUCGGCAGCUGCUGGCGCAUUCACAGCUGCUGGCUCUACCAGUUUAGCAGCAUCCGUAGCAGGUCCAAGACCAGCAGCAGCAGCAGCAGCUACUGCAGCAGCAUCAGCAGUCUCCACUCCCCUCCCUGUCGUCCCUGCAGUCCCUGCUGUAGCACCUGUAGCACCUGUAGCAGCUGUAUCACCUGUAGCACUGGUAGCACCUGUAGCACCUGUAGCACCUGUAGCAGCUAACGAGUCUGGAUCAAGCUAUUUGCAGUCGCUGCGGGCCGCCACCAACCCCCCCUCUGCUCGAGGCGAGAGGCCGAUGCCCCCCGCUUCUGCGCACAAUGGAAGGCGCAUGCCCCCCCGGUCUGCUGCUCGGGGCGACGAGCCGAUGCCUCCCCCCUCUGCUCAGAAUAAGAGGUGUAUGUCCGCCCCUUCUGCUGCUCCAGGCGACAGGCUGGCCUCUCCUCCUGCUGCUCAAAACGGCAGUCGGGUGUCGCCCUUUUCUGCUCAGGAACAGAGGCGGGUGGCAGCAGCAGCAGCAGCAGCAGCUGGUGGGAUUUAUGAGGCGCCUCAAGCAGGGAGGCGGGCGGCAGCAGCACCUGGUGGAGGGUCAUCUGGGUGGAGGGGCAGGCGGGGAUGGGCGUGGCGACGAGAGAGGGGCUCGUUUGCAGCAGAUCCCGAGUCUGGCAGUGCACGCCUGAUGCCUGGAAGGGAAGAUUACAUGGCUGGAAGUGUGGAUGACUGUAUGGCUGCCAAUGCACACCUGAUGGGUGCUGAGAGCCUCGGUGCUGGGAGCCUGGGUGCUGAGAGCCUUAGUGAUGUGAUGAAGGAGGCAGUGGAGAGCGCAUGUGCGGAGUUUGAGGGCCUCGUGGCAGAGAUGGCGGAAAGAGUGUUCUUCCAGUUCAGGAGAGAUGUGAGAGAGUUUGCCGAGGCGUGGCUGGCCGGGCAGGAGAACAAGAGGAGGAGGAGGUAUUGACAGGGGCAGGGAGUGUGAGUGGAUUUGGGGUAAUAUACCUCAGCAUGGGGAUCCCACUUGGCGUGCUUCCAGUUCAGGAGAGAUGUGAGAGAGGUUGCAGAGGCAUGGAUGGCCGGGCAGGAGAACAAGAGGAGGAGGAGGUAAUGACAAGGGCAGGGGCAGUGCAGGCCGUAUGGAUGUCAAUGCAGACCUGGUGGCAGGACUGGCUGUAUGGCUGCCGAGAGCCUGGGUGCAGCGAUGGAGGAGGCGGUGGAGAGUGAGCCAGCAGGGGGGAGAGGGAGGUGGGGAUCGCCCCCCCCCAAUGCAGACUGUAUGGCUGGGCAGGGCAGGGCAGACUGCAUGAGUGGCAGGGCAGGCCGUAUGGCUGCCGAGUGCCUGAGUGCAGCGAUGGAGGAGGCGGUGGAGAGUGCAUUUGCGGAUUUCCAAGGGAUGACCUAGGAGUGGGUGGUGAGUGCGUGUGCGGAGUUUGAGGGCCUCGUGGCGGAGAUGGCGGAAAGAACGUGCUUCCAGUUCAGGAGAGUUGUGAGAGAGUUUGCCGAGGCGUGGAAGGCCGGACGAGAGAGCAAGAGGCGGAGGAGGUACUGACAGGGAUGGCAGUGGGAGUGAGAGUGAGUCACCUGCCUCCUGCCUCCUACAGCUGCUGUGGGUGGGUGCGAAUCCUCGGACCGAGGGUCAACCCUUCUUCCUACUGCGCAGGAUUGAAGCAGAGAAAGCCAGACCUGGCUUUCCCGCACCCGUUCCACGACCUUCCGGACCUGCUGCUCAGGCUCGGUUCCGUGCCGGAACCUGCAGCCGGCCCAGGCUCGGAAGGUUCAGGAAAACCCUCAGGCUGAGAGGGGUUUCCAGAGGAGGAGAGGAAGGCGGUGGAGGCACCUGAGGAAGCACCUGGGGACUUUACGGUUUGCAGUACGAUUCAGGUGGGGGAAUUCUGGAAUCUUCCCCUGGACAGAGAGGAGAUGAGGAAGGAAUACACUGUGAAGGAGUUAAAGCUGUGUCAGUGUAAGAGCAGCGCUUCAGCUCAGCACCAACACUUGCGCUCAGCGUGUGAUUGCAUCACCACCCCAAAGAUACGUCGAAUUGUCAGGGUUCCCUUAAAGUUUUCUGUUGAACCGAAAUCUUCCACACAGUAUAUGUUCUAUUUCACGCGCUUCUGUGGCGCUUACCAUCAGUUUCGUCUUUGGCGCGCUUCAGAUCAGAGAGUGUUGGCCGAUGUAGGAAGAUUGCUGACCAGACCAAUUGGAUUGUGACACGACCUUCAGAGGAGUGUGCAGUGCAGUCGUCAUACCUAAGUCAAACGAGACAUCAGGGAGGGGGUCGGUGGCGGUGACGCUCAAGCGUGGCUGCAUAUCGAGCAGUCGGACUGGAGCGGAGAGGGUCCUGAAGGGUGCGUGAGACAGCGAUAAGCUCGAAAUCGAGCUGGGUGACAUAACGCUCCUUAGCCGUGUCGUUGCGCCAGCGGCCGAGGGCCUUAAAGAGCCGAUCAGGAACACCAACAUCAACGGCCGUGGUGGCCACGGACUUGCGAAACGAGUGUGUGCCAAGGACAUCAGGAUUGAGUCCGACCCGGGAGAAGGAAUCUUGGCACCAACUCCGAAUGGUGGCAUACGAAGGGGAGCGAUCGGAAGGGGAAGCUCGAGAGCCCGGCUGAAACACACGGAUGAGGGGGCCGAGAGACUGGGCAGAGUACCCCGCAAGGAAUAGGAAUUGUUGGACGCGAGAGACGGGGCAGUGGCGAGCGGAGGAGGCAGCCACAAGAAUCCAUGCACUAGUACCCGUUUGAUCGGUCUUAGAGCGGGGAAUGAACAACCACAUAUAGUCCCGGUCAAACUCAAUCUGGUGCCACUGGAGGGAUAUCAGAUCAGAGAAGCGCAGAAAGACUGCAAGUAUGAGGAGCAGGAUCAGCCCCUUCUGGAUGAUUGCGGGAUCGGACGACACGAAGUAGACGUCACAGAUAUCGUAGAUUUUCUCGGGUAGUAUCGGCUCCUUAGCC